AUUAAAAUAUUACUAUUUUAAAAAGGCUUUAUUUAAUUGCGAUCAAUGUAAACCACCAUCAGGCAUCUGGCUGAAUACAAAAACCCAACGCUCGUUAAAAAGAAAGUUAAAUAGGCGCCAAUCCGAUUUUAAAUUAGUUUUGUAAAGUUAGAGUUUAUUAUUCUUUCUUUCGUUAUUAUAAUUAAAAACCACAUAAACUAACGAUAAUAUGGAUAGAUAUGUGAUAAGAGAACCAAGAGCUGGCGCAAGCUAUCCACAGGGAAAUCAAAUGAUGGCGUUUCCAAUAAACGCAGCAAGAAGUAAUACGAUGCUCGCUGAAAAUGUUUAUUAUAAUGGGCCGUAUGCAAAUCAAUUUCCGAAUGCACAAAAUGUUCCUUAUUCAAAUUUCAUGGAUGUUGGCCACAUGAAUGCACAACAAAACGUUUACGGACAAAACAUGAUGACUGGUUCGGGUCAAGUAAUGACGGGAAUUGACCCAAGGUAUUUAGCCAAUUAUGCUGAUAACAGCGCGCAAUUUAUUGUAACAGGUCAGCAAAUGCACGGAGAAAAAGUACCACUACAAACACCACUUAACGCUGGCUUCGGAACUAAUUACAGCAACCAUACGUUUUUAGGAGCUGACAGGAAUAAGGCUAAAAGUUUUACUCCACAAGUCGUAACUGCUCCACAGACAGAAGCACCGAAUCACAAUAUUAACAGGUUCGAAGGAAAUAUGAAAAACAAUGUACAGACCAAGCAAUAUGCUAAAGUGGAACCAGCUCAGCAGAACCAAACUAAUGCCAUUCCAAAAACCUCAUCCAACACCAAUAUAACGAAGAAAGAACCACACAACCAAGUAAUGUCGAGAAUGGAUAAAUUAAAGGCUCUUCACAAAAGCGGUCCGAGAGCGUUUUCCGGUCCGGUGGAGAAGGUGCUUAAAUGGCACAAGGCUUUACAGGACAUAGGCGUUUUUGUAUUUUACGAAAUCGUCGCUAAAUGUGUGAGCAUAAGGCCCGGUGAGUCUUAUGCCAAGAACUUAGUAAUAAGAGACGAGAACGGACCAGCAAUGCAGGUCGUUUACUACGAAAUUGAUUUUAUGCUUCCCGAUAUUCAACCAUCCUCCACUAUCAGGGUAAUAGGAAGAAUGAUGGCUGGUACGUGCAGACUACAGGCAUUCAGUGUCAGAUUGGCAACAGGUGAUGACGUCGCGACUUUGCAACGCCGCGCCGCUGUCGCCGCACAUCACGUAGCUCGGCUUUGCAAAGAUUACGGAAAUAAUCCGGUUUGAAUAGCUAUUGUUUUAUGUUUGUGAUUGAAUUUAUCAAUAAAAUUGUAUCAUUCUUGUUUGGA